GCAGCUUGAACCGAAGCAGGAGGCCGACACCUUUACGUUGACUCCGACUUGUGAGGAAACUGAUCACAGUGAUGAUGAGACUCCGUUUUUGAAUCCUGACAAAAGUAAGAGUGAAUCAGAGGCAGAUCCUCCAGCUAGCACGUGUACCAGCUCGUUAGAUGAGGAAAUGGACUGUGAGCGUUUUGUGGGACCAGAACCAAACAUCUCUCAUGAAUCUGAAAGCAAAGAUCAGAAAGGAAUAAAACGUAGUUUAACAUCAACCAAGGAGCCACAACAGCAGAUUCUGGCUCCUCCAGAUGAGAAGACAUUUUUGUGCGAAACAUGUGGAAAAUAUUUCCAACAUAAAGAAAACUUGUCUGCCCACGUUAGAACAGCCCACAAGGUUGAUCAACCAUAUUUAUGCAGCACCUGUGGCAAAACAUUCGCUAAUGCAUCAAGUUUGAGGACUCAUACAAGAAUCCAUACUGGGGUAAAGCCAUAUUCUUGCAUCACCUGUGGGAAAAGAUUCACAAAGAAAUUCACAUUUGAGAAACAUAAAAUAGUCCACAGUGAUGAGAGACCAUUUUCUUGCAAAACUUGUGGGAAAUGUUUUAAAUGUAGUAAUGCCUUAAAAAGACACUUUAAAAUUCACUCUGGGGAACGUCUGUUUUCUUGCAACACCUGUGGGAAAAGAUUCAAUUGGGCAUCAAAUUUGAAGAAUCAUAUGAGAAUUCAUACUGGGGAGAAGCUAUUUUCCUGCGUCACCUGUGGGAAAAAAUUCACUAAGAAAUCCACAUUUGAGACACAUAAAACAGUCCACAGUGAUGAGAGACCAUUUUCUUGUAAAACAUGUGGAAAAUGUUUUAAAUAUAAUAAAUCCUUAAAAGCACACGUAAAAGCUCACUCUGGGGAACGUCUGUUUUCUUGCAACACCUGUGGGAAACGAUUCAAUCGGGCAUCAAAUUUGAAGUCUCAUAUGAGAAUUCAUACUGGGGAGAAGGCUUUUUCCUACGACACCUGUGUAAAAACAUUUUCUAAUACAGGCAAUUUGAAUGUUCAUACCAGAGUCCAUACUGGGGAGAAGCCAUAUUCUUGUAAAACAUGUAAAAAAUGCUUCAAAAGUUGUAGUAACUUAACUCAACAUGUCAGAAAAAUCCACAAAGAUGAAACGUCAUGUGCGGGGCGCCGGCACUGGAUUCAUUCUGGGGAGAAGCCUUAUUCCUGCAUCACCUGUGGCAAAACAUUCACUCAGACAGGAAGUUUGAAGUCUCACACAAGAAUUCAUACUGGGGAGAAGCCAUAUUCCUGCAUCACCUGUAGCAAAACAUUCACUAAUGCAUCAACUUUGAGUACUCAUAUGAGAAUCCAUACGGGGGGGGAGUCAUAUUCUUGCAUCACCUGUGGGAAAACAUUCACUAUUGCAUCAAGUUUGAAGAAUCACACAAGAAUCCAUACUGGGGAGAAGCCAUAUUCCUGCAUCACCUGUGGCAAAACAUUCGCUCGGCCAGAACUUUUGAAGUCUCACACAAGAAUCCAUACUGGGGAGAAGCCAUAUUCUUGCAUCACCUGUGGCAAAACAUUCGCUCGGCCAGAAUAUUUGAAGUCUCACACAAGAAUCCAUACUGGGGAGAAGCCAUAUUCCUGCAUCACCUGUGGCAAAACAUUCACUAAUGCAUCACAUUUGAAGAAUCACACAAGAAUCCAUACUGGGGAGAAGCCAUAUUCCUGCAACACCUGUGAGAAAACAUUCACUAAUGCAUCAAGUUUGAAGUAUCACACAAGAAUCCAUACUGUUUGUUAUUGAGACACAUUGCAUGUGAUUGGAUCUCGUGUUGCGGGGGGAGGACCUGCUCCCCCUCGAAGCCAGUUUUGGGCCAAUAGAAAUCUUUUCUUCUCUGCUUCUCUGCUCCUGCCUUUGCAGACGCAGCGCUGAUAGUUGUGAUCUGACAAAUAAAUCUACCAGAACGAGAGAAGUUGUUUGGCUGAAUUCUUCCAGAUCUCACCAACUGGGCCUCCAAUUUUGGUCACUUUUUUCAAUGUUUAUUCAGCCACACAAUAGAGUAUUGUUGUAUUUUCCUGUUUUUUUCCUUUAUGUAACUUGCUGUUUACGAAAAGUUUUUGUGGAAUUUUCUGUCAUCCACUUAAAUCUUUGAAAAUUCUUCGUGAACAUAUCCUGCAAACAUUUAACCGGUUUGAUGUGUGUUAUGAAGCCAGAAAUCUGGGGGUUAUUAUGGAUUCAGAUUUACACUUAGAGAGUCACAUCAAAUCAGUAACAAAAUCGGCUUACUGUCACCUAAAAAAUGUAGCACGACUUAGAGGGCUCAUGUCAGCUCAAGACUUAGAAACACUUGUACAUGCCUUUGUAACUAGUAGGCUAGACUAUUGUUAUGGUCUCCUUGCAGGUCUUCCAAAAAAAACUGUCAGGCAGCUCCAGCUUGUUUAGAACGCUGCUGCUAGAGUGCUGACAAAGACCAAGAAAUGUGAGCACAUUACACCAAUUCUUAAAUCCUUACAUUGGCUCCUAGUAUGUCAGAGAAUUAAUUUCAAAAUCCUACUGCUCACAUAUAAAUCACGACAUGGUUUAGGGCCAAAGUAUAUCACUGAUAUGCUACCACUACAUAAGCCUUCAAGAUCACUAAGAUCUUCCUACACCAAUCUGUUAGUGAUUCCCAGUGUAAAUACAAAUCAUGGGAAAGCAUCAUUUAGUUACUAUGCAACAAACAGCUGGAAUAAACUUCCUGAAGAUUUAAGACUCGCCCCAACUCUGACCACGUUUAAAACAAGACUGAAAACUUUUAUGUUCACCUUUGCCUUCUGCUAAAUUUGACCCACAUUGCCCUUUUAACCUUUAAUCAAACAAUUUUAAUAAGAUUUUAAUCUCUCACUCUGCACUGUAACUUUGAAUUCUUUUUAUAUUUACAAUUUUAUUUGCUGUUUCUUAAUUGUCUUUUAAUUCUUGCAUUUUAUUUCACUUUAUGGUAUGACAUGUUAUGAUGUGAAGCACUUUGAGUCUGCCUCGUGUAUGAAAAGCGCUAUACAAAUAAACUUGCC